GCAUGUCACCAGAGGCAUUUAAGUAGUGUCUUGCGUUGCAGUGAGUGGCAGUGUGCUCCACAAUGUGAAACCGCGUCAGUUCCCAGAAUAGAAAUCCCAUUUCAGUGCCAGACUUGAACGAAACUCUCUCUGAGGUCUCUACGGCGCAGAAACCGUGCGUGAGGUUUAUCGAGACAAAAGGGAUUCUUAUUGUUUUGUGACUGUGUGACUACCGGUACCCGAAACUUUAAUUAGUCGGUAUCCGCCUUCUCCGUCGUUCUCCUUCACACGUUUUCACCUGUUGGUGCCAACAAGCCGCUCACACUCAACUGUCAGUUUUCUUUUUGCUGGGAAGGGACUGAGUCAGACCAGGUGAAGAUAAAACACCAGGAAAAAGUGACCGACACCUUCAAGCAGACAACAAGUGACGAGGUCAAAGUAACGCUGACGGUUUCUGAAAGUGAAACGGCUACAAAAAAAAAAAGAAAAAAAAAAAGUUUGCUGAAGUGACGCUUCGCUUUUUUUUUCCGUCCGUGCUUUCCCCUCUGACUUUGAACGGCUUCGUCACUGUGCUGUGAAUCAGAGGACCCGCAUGUCUUGUUGAAGCAGGACCACGUUUAUCAGACUAUAGCGAUGCCUCAACACAACAUGGAAAACUCCAGGAGCCAGUGGCAGCAGGGUCUGUGGCCUCCGGGGAUCAGCAGAGCUGCUGAAGGUCAGAGUCCCGCCUCCUCAGGGGCUGAGUCAGAUACAGAAAGUAGCAGCACAGAGAGUGAAAAGACCUGUAUUAACAAACUGGAGGUGGGCUCUCUGAGGGUCCUGCCUUCACCUUCCAUGCUCCAACAGCGAAUCACAGAGAUUGACCAGCAGAAGGAAGAACUUAAGAUCGAGCUGCAGCUGGAGAUUGCACUGCUACAAGGAGAGCUGCAGACAGAGAAGGACAAGCUGCACAGACACACACGGAAGCUGCAGGCUCUACAGCAGGAGGCCAGACAAAGAGAGAAACACAAACACACAGACAGACAAAAGGAGCGAGAGAGUCUGGAAGGUGAGAGACGCAGGGUGGAGGAACUGAAGAGGAGGUGCAAGGAGAAAGAGAAGCUGAUCCCCAGUCAGCCAGAAAGUCAGAAAAAACAGCUAACACUGCAGCUGCAGCAGGAGAAAGAGGUGAUGGAGGCAGCUGUUCGGGCCUUUGAGGACUGGGAGUUUAGUUUUCUGGAGCGAGAGACUGGCAUCGAUGAAGAGGAUGAAAGCACGGCGGGUGAAUGUAAGGAGAGAAGGAGUGAAGGAGAGCUGGAGAAGGAAAUCUCAUGCCAGCAGCUUGUGGUCGACACUGCGCAGGAGCAAGUCCACCGGUUAGAGAGACAACUGAGGGAGAUGGAGAAGGAGAAGGAGAGAGGGAUGAAUGCCCUGAGGAAAGAGAAGAGGGAGCUCAUACACAGUCAAAUGGUUUGCAAAGAGAAGAAGUCGCUCACUGAUUGGUCAGACAUCACCGGCUCAGCUCCCUGCAUGAUGUCACUUUCUCCUCUGACUGUUCACAAGCCUCCUCAGGAUCCAAGCAAAGAAGGUGCCAAUCUGCCCAGACGACGGAGCUCGCAUCGCAACAACAGACUGAACGACAGGCCAAUGUCAGCACAGGGGUUGGUGAGGAUGCAUCCUGACAGCCAGACCCCAGAGACUUUCACAUCCCCCGUCCUCUCCCAUAGACUGAGCAAUGGGCACAGCAGUGGGCACAGCAACGGGCACAGCCCUGGGCACAACAGUGGGCACAGACCUGGACCUAGCAAUGGUGGUGGGCUCCUCACUCCAUAUAACAGUGCAACAAGUUCUCGUGCGGCCAGUCCGUGCCUUUUGGAUCUCAUGGAGAUUGAGAAGAAACUGAGGGAAGCCAAGGCAGAGAGAGAGAGGCUGCUCAGAGAGCGGGAAGAGCGGCAGCGGUUGCUGUUGGAGGAGAGAAGACAAAAGGAGCUAACCUCUUCCAGAGCAGAACCACCAGAAUCAGAGACCCCACAAAGACCAGAGCCAAAGCCAGAAGAGCAACAAAGGGUCAUCUCCUCCCCAAACUCCUCUGAGCGGCGUAGCCUGCCCCUCUUCCUCUCUCCAAACUUUGACCUGAGGGCCCACGUGGAGUCUCUGGGUCACGGGGUUACCGGCUGUACGGAUCUGCGGCUGACGCCUCGACGCUGUGCGGGCUUCCUCACCAAACAAGGGGGGAGGGUCAAAACCUGGAAGAGGAGGUGGUUCCUGUUUGACAUGGACCACAGACGACUGGCCUACUAUACAAACUGUGAUGAAAGGAAGCUGAAGGGAGUCAUCUAUUUCCAAGCUAUAGAGGAAGUUUACUAUGACCAUCUACGAACAGCCACCUCUUCUCCUCGGCCCAGUCUGACCUUCUGUGUGAAGACGUAUGACCGUCUUUUCUUUCUGGUGGCGUCCAGUGCAGUGUCCAUGCGGAUGUGGAUGGAUGUUAUUGUCACGGCAACAGACGAACACAGUCGUUAUUGA